CUUAUUCAUCUUCGACUGUUCGAAACAUCUCUACUUAGUCCCGCUUAGUUCAUCCAGGUUGGAUAGUCAGUUAAUGUACUUUAAUGUUUUAAUAGGAUCGAGCAUACGUUGUUCAAUGAAGUGGCACAGGUUGUCGGAGCUUACUCCUGCCGAGGUCAAUAGUCUAAAGGCCCGGCCGCGUAUUGAAUUCUCGAAAAUCUCUAGCCUGGUCAAGCCGAUAGUCGAUGACGUCCACCGGAGAGGCGAUGCCGCAGUCAAAGAGUACACUGCCAGAUUUGCGAAAGUUGAGCUGGAGAAGAUAGUUGAGAAUGUGUCCGACCUUCCAGACCCAGAGCUUGAUGCAAAAGUAAGAGAAGCGUUUGAUGUGGCCUAUGAUAAUAUACAUGCCUUUCAUUUGGCUCAAAAAUCUCCUGAAUUGAGCAUCGAGAAUAUGAAAGGUGUUUUAUGUAAAAGGGUGGCCAGGAGCAUUGCCUCCGUGGGCCUCUAUGUUCCUGGAGGUGCUGCAGUUCUACCAUCAACAGCUCUUAUGCUUUCAGUUCCUGCACAGAUUGCUGGGUGUAGGACUGUUGUUCUUGCAACCUCCCCAAGACAGGAUGGUUGCAUCUGCAAGGAAGUACUAUACUGUGCCAAGAAAGCUGGGGUGACUCACAUCCUUAAAGCUGGAGGAGCACAGGCUAUAGCUGCAAUGGCAUGGGGAACUGAAUCCUGCCCGAAGGUUGAGAAGAUAUUUGGUCCCGGAAAUCAGUAUGUCACCGCUGCAAAAAUGAUUCUCCAAAACAGUGAAGCCAUGGUUUCCAUUGACAUGCCUGUGGGUCGUUCGGAAGUUCUUGUCAUUGCAGACAAGUAUGCUAGUCCAGUCCACAUAGCAGCUGAUCUGCUAUCCCAGGCUGAACUUGGUCCUGACCAUCAAGUUGUUCUUGUUAUAGCUGGGGAUGGAGUGGACAGAAAGGUUAUUGAGGAAGAAAUAAUCAAGCAGUCAGGGAGUGUUCCUAGGGGAGAGAUUGCUUUAGAAGCUCUGAGCCAGAGCUUAUUUGUGUUUGCUUGUGAUAUGGUUGAGGCGGUUUCCUUCUCAAAUUUGUGUGCCCCUGAGCAUCUGAUCAUCAAUGUAAAGGAUGCUGAUAAGUGGGAGAACUUUAUUGAGAAUGCAGGCUCUGUACUUUUAGGCCCGUGGACGCCAAAGAGUGUUGGAGAAUAUACCCGUGGGGUCUCUGUCAACUCCUUUCGGAAGCACAUGACUAUAUCCAUGAAUAGGUCCUGA